AUGGAUCCGAUGAGUUCUGCGUACGCCGUUCCGUCACCGUACGAUCAACAGGUGCCAUCGACGUCGUCGCCAUCGUGUGCUAUGGCACGGCCAAACACUCCGCAAACCCCGUAUGGGCGUUCAGCGUUCGGCUCGGCCCAUGCAUCACCGUUCCGUCCUGCGAAUGCGGCCGAUGCAGUACGUUUGCGGGAGACCUGUGCAGCACGUAAUGCUCAGACUGCUCAAUGGAUGGACAGUCAGUACCUGGCUGGAGUUUCCGGAUAUCAUGGAAAUGGGGUGCAAUCGGGACCAUGCUCGGUGAUGUCAGCGGCCAGUGGUGGCGGUAUGUCGAUGAUGUCGGGCAUGUCCCAGAUGUCACUGGGCAAUAUGAGUCAGCUUAGCAUUUGUACUCAGCUCACUGAAGCACAUUACACACAGAAUGCUGCAUACCAGACAACAUCUGGAGCCUCAAGUGUGGAGAACAUCGACCCAAGCAAUAUAUUUGAAAUUAAUCGUCAAGUAAAUACGCUAAUAAUGAGCCUCAGGCAUGAGGAUCCGGAAAUCCGACGGAAAGCUGCAAACUCUGUGCAGAGUAUGGCUAGGCAACGACUUCUGGCGAUGGUUUCAAACCAUGCAACUUUGCGAGAACUGAUUUGUCAUUUCCUGCAGUUUGUUCUCGAACAUACCAUCGAACAGAACAUCACCCAGUUGAUGCAGUCAAUAUUCAACAUUCUCAAUUGUCGGACGUGUUUUGUUGUCAUGCAAGAUCGAUACAUUCAGCAAAUCCUUGUUCACAUUAUCGCUAAGUAUUUAAUGCCCGACCAUCCAUUUACUGCGUGGACGGUGAUAGCCUUUACUGCGAUUUUGCGAAAAAAAGAUCUGAGGGGUUUCCGACGAAUGUGUCGGAACGAGUACUUUGUCCGUCAGCUGAUGAUCAUUUUGGGUUCGACGUCAUCCUCACACAAAUCCCUCAUAAUUGAUUCGAUUCGGAUGCUCAUCACACGGAAUUUGCCCCUCAAGGAGUUCUUUGUACGGAGUAAAGGAAUGGAGAAGCUUUUGGAGUUCAUGUCAUGUGAGCAUGAGGAGAAAGUGCUGAGAUCGAGUGCCACCACCCUCCUCACACUUAUUUCGACAGAAUCGGCCAAAUAUGGCAUUGAAUUCGUCAAACUCGGAGGUGUACAGAUUUUUGGCAAUCUCCUUUCGCAUGGCUCAACCAUGUUACUGCACGAAGUACUCCAUUGUUUAGCAGGUGUAGGAGACUUGAAGGAGGCUCUGGAAACUCAGGACAUCAGCAACACUAUCGUGUCGGUACUGCAACUGAUGGGUGCCCACGACCCGAUUCUAGUCAAUCACGGUACGGCGUUCCUACUGAAUGUCUCAGCAAACAGUAUACGGAAUAAGGCGUCGAUGGUAACCGCUCAGGCUCCGGACACAUUACUCAGUGUGCUUAACCAUCGUAAUAACUACCUGACGAUUCCGCUGGCAAAUGUUCGUCAACUGAUCGCCUCCAUCACCGACAACGUCCUGAUUUGCCUAGCAAAUCUUACCAGAAAUCAAGACGAAUGUGGUCGAGCCGCUUGUAUUCAGAUAGCCCGGAAGCCAGACUCCGCGAAAACAUUGCUAAAUGUGUUGGCAAGUGGCACUGUGGAAUGUCAGAACCGAGUGCUCAUGGUCAUUUACAGUACAUGUAUUUGUGUUGCUGAGUACAAGUUGUUCUUCCUUGACACCGUCGACGAUUACAAUCAGUCGAAUCUCGUGACCUUCAUACUGCGACUUCUUUGGAACAAUUUUGUGCAAUAU